GCAGAUGGAAUGGUUCAGUAUCGUGUGGUGUUGGUUUAAAAGCCAAGUUGUUAUGUUUGUUGUGUCUACAUUUCGAUUUUAGUUGGCUGGUCAUUGCUAGCAAGGCCCCGCAAAUAUUUAAGAAAAGGCAGAGUGCAAUUCCAGAAACCGCUUACUUUUGCACAACAUGCCGCGCUUCCCGUACACAUGCUUUAUCGAGCUGCGGACUUUAUGGCUACUGGCUUUCAUAUUUUUCCCGGUUUUUGUAACUGGACACCCGGUUACAACGGACAGCAAAUCGCUUCCCACGGCCAUAAAUUAUGGAAGCGAAACAGCGCAUGGACCUUCUGGAUCUGAACUUGUGACCUUUGAUUCUCCCGUGAACCUGUCUACAGCGAGCAAGCAAGUUCAUGUUUCGUCUGAUAACUCCGGCACAGCGACGGCAGUUAAGCUAACGCUUACGGUUCGAAUGGAGAACAACACGGCCGCCAUCGAAUUGAACACAGUGGAGAACUUGACUUCAGCUCGCGGAGAAGAACAACGAAAUAACGGCACUGGCAGCAUAGUCCUAACGGCUGAUAAUAAGGGAAUGGUGGUACAAACUGCCGACGAUUCGAGAAAGCCACACAAAGUUGUCGAUCAGUUGCAAGAGAAGUUUGGCGAACAAGAUUUUCAGCCAGUUAAACUGCGAAACAAUCAGACUUCUGUCGGCAUUACAGACUUAAUCAUUUCGUUGAAUACCAGCAAUGAACAUAAUGGACUGGACGUAGGAAUGCCUGGCACCGCCGACAAUACAUCGACAGUGAAAGAUGAAUUCAGCUCGAAACCCACCGAUUUUCCUUCCUCCCAAAAGCCUUAUGGUUUCGGCAAUACCAGAAAAUUACAGAAUGUUUCACUUCUGGGGGGAUUAGCGGAACAGGAAUUCGAUAAAGAUGACGACUGGAAAGAUGAAUUUGUGAUGGCGGAGGCGAAAAACCUCAGUGACCUGAAAAAGGUCAUCGUCCCAGCACCGGAAAAGGGAAACUUUUCUACCAACCUGAAACCGAAGGAUGAUCCAGACGCGGAUCAAGAAGUCGAGAUUGUUCCAGCAGACAGCACUGAAUUUACGAAUGGUGGGACGAACUCGACCAUCGAGGCCGAUGACGAGGCGCCUAUGGAUUUCGACGAAACGGAUUUGCCGAUUAUCGAGCCAGCUGAGAAAUUUCCUGUUGCACCUGCCAAUGACCCGGAGUGUCACGACAAACUGGAUGAACCAGACAACGAAGGAAGCGGCGAUGAUGAUGAUGGCAUGUGCGAAGACCGCGGAAGCGAUAACGAUGGUUAUGGCAAGGAAGCCGGCAUAGCUGUCGAUGGCGAUAAUGACGAAGUGCCAAGAUUUGCCCAGCGGGACGUUUAUCCGCAAGGCACCAUUAUCGGACUGGAAGAGAAUCUUAAUGGACACCUGAAGGAUGUGACGAACGGUGAUGAGAUCAUUACAAUCUGGAUCAAUCUGCGCACCGGGCAAAUCGUCGGCAGUACACUCAAGUCCUUGGGGAAAGCUCAGAAUGCCCUGUUGCCUGUUAUGGGAAAAGAUCGGGUUAACUUGCUGACCAAACGUUUCCAGAAAUCAGAAGAGAGAGAGAAGCCCUAGCCAUAGAUGACCCGGAAUACAUUGCAUGCAUUGUUUAGCUAGGUACAUGUAUGGAACGUAAACGUAACGUUGAGGCUCCACCAGGAUAUCACAUUAUAAUGUUUUGAUGUACAUGUAAUAAAGCAGAGAAAAAUAAUUUUUUUGAUAAUUAAAGCAUAGCUGGUGCAGGUGGUACAAUUUGUAGUUGUCCUUGUAUUUGUUGUUCUUCUAUAUGUCUCUUUUCGGGAGAGUUAUUUUCCUGUCUAAUAUUCCCUUUGACUUACCAGAGUCUGCAUUCGUUCGCUGGCUUGCAUUCUUUUACUUACACUUACAUAGAUGGUGAAUUUAUACGAUUCUUGCAACUGUGUACGAUAAAUGCUUGUAAUUUGCAAGACUAAUUAAUCUUUUUACUACUGUAAUUUCGAGAUACGUACGCACAACGUUCUCAGCAACUGGAAA